AGCAUCGCAAUCGAUGAUCGUUAUUUUCGACGUCGUCUUCGCGAAGGAAGCAAAGAGGUUGUAAGUUUUGAGCAUUAUCAUUUUGGUGCGCGGUUUCUCGAAGCAUUUAAAUGCGUGAAAAGUUGUAGAUUUUACAACGAAAAGUCUGUGAGUUCGAUGGUGAAGUAUAUGAAACUGUAAUCGAAGUGAAAUCGAAGUGUUUAGCCAGUGGAAUAGGUGCGAAUCUUUGGGAGUUUUGUAACUCGUCUCGAGAGUGCACGGGAUUGUGAAAAGAUGGAUGCGAACCAUUAGUAAAGAGAGUGGCCUUUUUUCGUCGUGUGUCUGUGGAGCGAAAAACGAGAUUUACGUUUGGGGUUUGAAGAGUUUCCUGGGGUUUACCUGGAUUUCAUAAAGAUUGGUGGCUGCUGAAUGGUUGAGAUUGAGUAAAUUCUCAAGUGAAAGUGCAUCCUUUGUUGUCUGGCUGUUUUCUUUUUUUUUACCAAUCCGUCAUCAAAGUCUGGAAAAGAGAGGUGAUUGACAGCCAAAAGAAGAAAAAUCCGCUGCUUGAGGAAGAAGAUUGCGACGAUCAGCAUCAUCAUCAUCAUAAUCAUCACCUUCAGUGUGAAAUCAAAACAAAGGCAUCUUCUUUCGGCUCUUAUUGGUGCUGUUGUUUGCUCGAGUGUGUGGGAGGAGGAUUUGCUGUUCUGGGAAGCAGCUGAUACAAAAACAAACGCCAGAAAGCGAGCGAGAAUGGAAUCUUGCGCCGCAGUCGAGAAAGAAGUCGAUAAAGUGAUAACGAAAUUUUCCGCCAUCAAUGAUCACUCGCAGCGCAUCAUUGGCGAUGUUAUCGUCCUGAUUGAGAAGCUGCGUUCGUCUAUCGAGGAAGUGCCAGCAGACGAACAGCUCACACCCGGUCAGAUAGACGUCCUGAACGAUGCGAUUGCCAAAACCAAAGACAAACUGCAGCGCCUGACCACGGAGCACCGGGAUCUGCACGGCACCGUCAGCAAGGUGGGCAAAGCGAUCGACCGUAACUUCGUAGCGGACUUCACUGCCACUUCGCGGAAUGACGUUUUCCAAACGGAGCGAAACGUGACCUUGCUGAACAAAAUUAUGGCGCAGCAUUUCUACCGCCAGGGAAUGGACGAUGUGGCGCAUGCACUGAUCAAGGAAUCUGGCCUGCCCGCCGAGGAAAUCACACCGGAGCCGUAUGCCGAGCUGCACCGGAUAUGGGAAGCGAUCCACAAUCACAAUCUGGCACCGGCUCUCGAAUGGGCUGCCCGUUACUCGAGCAAAUUGGAUGCUCGCAACAGCAGCCUGGAGUUCAAACUGCACCGGUUGGCAUUCAUGCAGAUUCUGAACGGAGGAACCCACGCCCAGACCGAAGCGAUCACCUAUGCCCGAACCAAUUUCUCCAAGUUUGUCGAGCGCUUCGAGAAAGAAAUCCAAAUACUGAUGGGAACGUUGAUCUACCUCCCGAUUGGAGUUCAAAACUCACCGUACAAGUAUUUGACCGCGCCGGAAAUGUGGAUCGAAGCCGCUGAUGUGUUCCUAAAGGAUGCCUGCUCCCUGCUGGGCAUCAACAAAGAUUCGCCCCUGUCGGUGAUUGUGAACGCCGGAUGCACCGCCUUGCCGGCGUUACUCAAUCUCAAACAGGUCAUGAUGUCCCGUCAGGUGACCGGCAUCUGGAGCGGUCGUGACGAACUGCCGAUUGAAAUCGAUCUCGACCCGGAAAACCGAUUCCACUCGAUCUUCGCCUGUCCGAUUCUGCGGCAGCAGAGCUCCGACGACAAUCCGCCGAUGAAACUGAUUUGCGGUCACGUCAUUUCGCGUGAUGCCCUGAGCAAGCUGAGCAACGGGCCAAUAAUGAACAAUACUUUCAGAUUGAAGUGUCCCUACUGCCCGAUGGAGCAAUGCCCGUCCGAGGCGAAGCUGAUCUACUUCUAACCAGGUGGACCUGCACGGAGGCAGGCCCCCAAGCGCUGCUACGAACUGAACUGCUGACUGGCCGGUGUGAGCAUCUCUAUACUCUUUAUAUAUACACAUGAAGGUGGUAUAACAGCAACGGCGAAAUAUUAUUUGAAUCCAGUUUUUUUUAUUGAUUACGAACUUCACCUUUCCAUUACGACACACUCAUCACAUCGCAAUAGAAGAAAAGUCAGUCAUCUACCCAAUGAUUGGGUUGAAACUUCAGGAAGAUCGUCUACAUUUUAUGAAAAGCUGUAAGCAUGCGAAUCAGUUUUUUUACUAAACGUAGAUGAUCUUAAGCCAAACACGUGAACCCGUUCAGAAAUAGUUAAACUACAUUUAUCCAACAUUUUCAAAUCGAAAUGACGAAAAGUUUUCAACUUCAAUUAGAUCAAGAUUAUAAAAAUCAAAUAUAGUUAUCUAUAUACUUGGGAUGACAGGAUUCGAUUAGGGCUGCAAUAUGAUGAAAUGAGAAGAAACAAGAAAAUGUUCAAUUAUGCAAAGCUUCCCUGAAGAAUAGGGGUCGAUACGGAAUGUAGCAUAUUGAUGAAAUAAGCAGCGAAUUUAAAUGUACUUUACUGAAAUAUCACGAAACAACUAUUGCUUCAGUGAGAUCAUCCUAUCAUUUAUCAUUAAUGUUUUUUUCUCAUUGUUACAAACGUAAAUUCAUUGCGUGGUAGAAUACGAUUUACAGCAUUCAUCGAACAGGCGAGAGGCGCAAGCCGUAAGAACAGAUAGUUUUAUUUUACUCCUAUUUUGUUUGUUUUUGUUUGAUAAUAGAUUCUACGAUUAUGAAAAUGAUUAUAUUAUCUCGUUAAUGCGUUUCUUUUUUUCUCUUGUAACGUCAUCACCGGCGUAUCCAUAUUGAAAGUGUGAAUGUUUGUGUGACAACAGUGUCCGAAAGGGUGUAGGUAUUAGGAAAAUUAAGUAAGAAUUUUAAAAUGUGACGAAAAAAAUACGUUAGAAGGCGUUAAAUUAACUUGAAUUGCAGUUUCUAAUUCGUUUGAGGAUAUAACAAGAUUAAUAUGCAUAAACAAUUAGCGUCAAAUAAAAGUCCCAAAACUUAUGAAAUUAUACACAUUUUUACACUGAACACAGAUUGAAUCCGGUAUCUACUGUAUGACGCACGAUGAAAGUGUAUGAACGCAACCAGAGCAGGGAACGAUUUUGAAUCAUCCCGGUAUAAGAUGUCUUCGCUAGGAAACAGAACGAACUUGUACAUAGGAAACUUAUGAUGAUUAACGGCAAAAUAUAUGCGAAAAAGUGAAUAAAAACAAAGACGUAGUGCUACGUCAAAA